CAUCGAAUACAAAUCUAGUUGAAACUUUUAUUCAUCGAAACACGGAAAUUUUGUCAACAUUUGGAUUUCGGUGUUAUGAAUCAAGGAAAAAAUUACACAAAAAUGAGAGAUCCUAAUUUAGAAAUAGUUAAAGGACCUAAAUUAGUUGGAUGGCGAUUUGGGGUUUUCGUUGGAUCAAUAGUGGGACUCAUUGGAUUGGCAUGUUAUCCAAUAAUUAUUUAUCCUAUGAUGAAUCCCGAAGAAUAUAAAGAAAUUCAAAAGAAAACCAGAGCGGGAAUUAAACAAGAAGACAUUCAGCCUGGAAAUAUGAGAGUUUGGUCAGAUCCGUUUGGUAGGAAAAAGGAAUAAUUCUUAGAUGUACAAAGUUUUUAGUAGGAAAUAAAUUAAUUCGUAUUUAAUGAAUUUAAAAUGAUAUUUUUUGUUAAAAAAUUAUUUUUUAAAAUAGUUUGAGUGUC